AUGCAAUUGGGUUUGAAGGAGAGGGCGAAACUCAAUGAGAAGAUUGUGAGUGUAAUCAAUGACGCUGCUUCUGGUUGGGGUGUUGAGUGUAUUCGAUAUGAAAUAAUGGAUGUAACACCUCCACCUAGAGUAUUGACGGCUAUGAAAAUGCAAGUUGAAGCUGAAAGAAAAAAACGUGCUCAGAUUCUUGAAGCUGAAGGAGAAAAGGAAUCACACAUCAAAAGAGCUGAAGGGAAUAAACAAUCCGCAAUACUGACAGCAGAGGGAGAAAAGGAAUCCCAGAUACUGGCAACGCAAGGUGUUUAUCUGUUAACAGAAGUGUUGGUCAUUGGAGAAUUCAGCAUUCCUGGCUAUAAUGAGGCAUUCUGGAAGGAGUUGGAUGGUGUCAAGCAAAUCUGGAAGAACAGAAAGGAACUCAAAUAGAUUAAUAAUCAUGUAUCGAUGAAUUACAUUCUUUCCUAGAAGUGUCAUAGCCAUUGUAAAUAAUUUAUGUAAACGUUUGUAAAUAAUUUAUGUAUCUCUCUACUAUUUUGGUGAA